AUGCAGUUUCCACAUCCUGACUCUCGAAUACUACCUUCUAAUAUUAAAUGUGUAAAUCCACCACUACACAACUCGAAAUCGGAUGAACAGGAAAAAAUAGUUGGAUCUCUUGUUGGUCUCGCCAUUGGUGAUGCACUGGGAGCUAGUGUUGAAUUUCGUCCUCGUCAAUAUCUUCUAGAUCAUCCUGUCAAUGAUAUGCAAGGUGGAGGCACAUGGGGUUUGGAUGCAGGACAAUGGACAGAUGAUACUUCUAUGGCAUUAUGUCUAGCAUCAUCAUUAAUCACACAGCAUCAAUAUAAUCCUUAUGAUCAAAUGGUUCGUUAUAAAUGGUGGUAUAAAAAAGGAUUUCUUUCAUCAACUGGACAAUGUUUUGAUAUCGGUAGUACUACUCGUUCUUCACUUGAAAAAUUUUGUGAACGACAGAAUAUCCUCAAGCAAUACUAUAAAAAUGCGAAGGAAGAAGUUAUUGAUAACUUGCCGUUAGAAGACGUUAGACGCGUACAGAAUUUUAAUGAAUGUUGUGGUGAAACAGGAGAAGCUGGAAACGGACCUCUAAUGCGUCUUGCUCCUGUACCACUCUUCUAUUUUAGACAGCCCGAUAUUGCUGUUCAGUUAGCUGGUGAGAGUGCUCGUCUUACUCAUGGUGACGUAAAAGCAGUUGAUGCUUGUCGUUAUUAUGCAGCUUUGAUUGUUGCUGCAAUUUCGGGCGAACCUAAAAAAGAUUUGUUACACGAACAAUUCUAUGAAAGCCAUCGAAAGUGGUUUGGAUCUGAACCACUUCACCCUGAUAUCGUACGUGUAGCUCAAGGAUCAUAUAAAAAACAAGGAGGUUAUAACGAGGGUAUUCGUGGUAAAAAUUAUAUUAUUAAUACAUUAGAAGCCGCUUUAUGGGCAUUUUGGUCUGAUGAGAACUCAUUUGAAAUUGGUGCUCUUAAUGCUGUUAAUCUCGGCGACGAUACAGAUACAACUGCUGCCGUUUAUGGUCAAUUAGCUGGUGCUUACUACGGUGCCUCAGCUAUUCUUCGUCAUUGGGGUAAAAAGCUCUACGCCGUAAAUUUACUUGUUUGUACUGCUGAGUGGCUUUAUUACGAAGGAAGCCGCAUUCAAAGUAAUAGAAAUCAACAACAACAGCAACAACAAAGAAUGCCGAACCCACAGUCAUCGACCCAUCAACAUUCAACAACAAUAAAACCAGUAGAACGAAUGGGUUAUAAUACUCAAAACACAAAAAAUACAAAACCAGAUCCGAGCAAGUUACCUGCUGCUGGCAUGCCUAGCGGUGGUUUUAAAUAUGAUUGA